UCUUUCUUCUUCCUUGAGUAAUUCAUCUCCUAAACCUAGACAAUUUGCAACACAGAAAUGCCGAAGCAGCGCUGGCGCAACUCGUUUAAAUCCUUUAUCGAUCCCAGUGAAGACGAGCAGCUCAGAGGAAUCAAAACAGAAAUUGACGGAAAUGUGCAGAAAAUCGUCAAUUUUCUGAAAGAAAAAGACGGUGAUGAUAGGAAAGACGAGGUGGCGGAUUUGAUUCAGGAUUUCCACAAACAGUACGACUCGCUUUAUGCUCGUUAUGAUCAUCUAUCUGGAAAACUGAGGAAUAAGUUUCGUGCCAAGAGCGGGAAAGACAGUGCCUCCUCGAGCUCAGAUUCGUCGGAUUCUGAUGAUUUUCUGGCAAAAUCAUUGGCGGCCGCUGCAGAUGAGAAGGAAGCAUUGCAUAAGGAAUAUCUGUGUUGGUUUCUCGGAUUACAAAGAUAA